ACUGAAUGCUCUGUCAACGGACUGGGACGCUUGUGGGGCACUUGUUGGCUCGACAGACCGUUCGCUCACUUGCGGUAAGAACAAUGUCAACAAAUAAGUUCGAUCUGCCUGCGCGGUACCAGGGAUCAACGAAGAGUGUGUGGGUAGAAUAUAUCCAGCUUGCCCUACAAUACAAACCUCUCAAUCUUGGCCAAGGAUUCCCAGACUAUCAUGCACCGAAGUAUGCACUGGAUGCAUUGGCUGCCGCCGCCAACAGUCCCGAUCCGUUGGCGAACCAGUAUACGCGCGGAUUUGGCCAUCCGCGACUCGUGCAGGCGUUAAGCAGGAUGUAUUCGGGGCUGGUCGGAAGGACCAUCAAUCCGCUAACCGAGAUACUGGUGACGGUUGGUGCGUACGAAGCACUGUACGCAACGAUUCAAGGUCACGUCGAUCAAGGGGACGAGGUCAUUAUCAUUGAACCGUUUUUCGAUUGCUAUGAACCGAUGGUUAAAGCUGCUGGCGGUGUGGCACGUUUUAUACCGUUGGUGCCGACCGUUACCGGGCGUACGAUCUCGUCGGACGACUGGAAGCUGGAUCCGAUCGAGCUGGCCAAACUGUUCAACGAAAAAACGAAGAUGAUUAUCAUCAAUACGCCGCACAAUCCGCUCGGGAAGGUGAUGAGUCGCCAAGAGCUGCAGAUGGUGGCGGAUCUAUGUGUCCAGUGGAAUGUUCUGUGCGUUUCGGACGAAGUGUACGAGCAUAUGGUGUACGCUCCGUUCGAGCACGUGCGCAUCUGCACGCUUCCGGGCAUGUGGGAUCGUACGAUCACGAUCGGUUCGGCGGGCAAAACGUUCUCGCUGACGGGCUGGAAGAUUGGGUGGGCUUACGGGCCGGAAAGUUUGAUGCGCAACUUGCAGAUGGUACAUCAGAACUGUGUGUACACGUGCGCAACCCCGAUACAGGAAGCGAUCGCCGUUGGGUUUGAAAAGGAGCUCGAUCAGCUGACCAGUCCGGAUUGCUACUUCAACAGCAUCUCGACCGAGCUCGUGUCGAAGCGUGAUUAUAUGGCCCGAUUUUUGGAGGACAUUGGGAUGCACCCGACCAUUCCUCAGGGUGGAUACUUUAUGGUGGCGGACUGGUCAAAUCUAGCCGAUAAGGUGGAUCUGUCGCAGGAAACGGAUCGCUACAGUGACUAUCGGUUUACCAAAUGGAUGACGAAAACGGUCGGACUGCAGGGCAUUCCACCGUCCGCUUUUUACAACGACGAGCACAAAGCGCUCGGGGAAAGCUUUGUCCGUUAUUGCUUCUUCAAGCGGGAUGAUACGCUGGAACGUGCUGCCAACAUUUUAACCGAAUGGAAGAACAAAACAAAGACGAAUUAGAUU